AUGGCGGCGAUCAAGGUCCACGGAAGCCCCUUCUCCACUGCCUCCCAGAGGGUAUUCGCCACUCUCUACGAGAAAGAUGUGGACUUCGAGUUCGUCAACGUCGACCUGGGAUCCGGCGAGCACAAGAAGGAACCCUUCAUUUCUCUCAACCCUUUUGGGCAGGUUCCCGCUUACCAGGAAGGCGAUUUGACCCUCUUCGAAUCAAGGGCGAUCACAGACCACAUAGCCCAGAAAUUCGCAAGCAAAGGUACACCGCUGACAACCGGAGAGCCAGAGAUGAAAGUAUGGCUGCAAGUGGAGGUCAACCACUUCGAGCCGGCUUCAUCGCAGCUGGGAUGGGAGCAGGUGUUCAAGCCAAUGUUCGGCAUGACCACCGAUCCAGCAGCAGUGGAAGCCAACGAAGCCAAGCUGUCCAAAGUUCUGGAUGUGUACGAGACGAGGCUGUCCAAGUCCAAGUACUUGGGAGGUGACCAGUUCACAUUGGUGGAUCUUCACCACCUCCCCAACAUUCAGGUCUUGAAUGGAACGCCCACGAAGAAGCUCUUCGAUUCUCGCCCCAAAGUCAGUGCCUGGAUUGCUGAUGUUACUGCUAGGCCGGCUUGGUCCAAGGUCCUUGCUAUGCAGAAGCAGUGA